AUGUCGCCGCGUAAGAAUUACGGCCCACCGAUUCGCCAAUCCCAACGCGUGACAAACGCAAACUCAGCAAAGCCAGAUAAUUUGGCUUCAGGCACUGCUACUCCCAACACCGAAGGUUCGGAUCAAAACGGAGAGAUUACAGUUGCCCCAGUGAGCCCAGAGCCAGUAGAGCCCGCUCCUACCAGCGCCAACACAGAGCCUGAAGAGCCCGUUGAGCCCCAAUACGACACAGAGCAAGAUCAGCCAGUCGACAGCAUCGAAGUUGACGGAUCGUACGAGUACGAGUCAGUUUCCGAACACUCAGGAGAGGCGCGAAGCCCUCCCCACCAACCUUCUGCCAAGACGUCAGACGGCAGGAACGAAAUUCCGAAAUUUCCAAGCAGAGCGCCCUCGCCUGCCGCCCAAAUGAGAAGCGAAAUGGCAAACGAAAGCGAAAACACAACCGGCCAGGCCACCAUCACUCAAUCGCAUUUGCAAGACCUCUUGGCUACUAUUGCCCAACUGAAGGACCAGUUGGCCACCCAAAACAACUCCACCAGUAAUGGAGCCCGUGGGGUUACACCCUUUAACAGCGCCUUCGGUGGGACCUCCGGUAAA